AAAUAUGCGAUGCAUUAUAAUUUCAAACAUAGAAAAGAUACCGUAGUCUCUAUGAGGUGAUACGGUUCAACAUAAGUAUUAGGAGUUCUGCGCGUAAUUUUGCGAAUUGAGUGAAAGAUGGAGGUGACGAUGGCGGAGCCCGACGGGGUACUGACGGAGCGCAAUGUUGACGUGGCGGCGCUCUAUGAUAUGUUGCGACGGUGCAAAGCUUCCGCGGAGGAAAUCGUCGCAAAAAUGCUGGCUAUCAAGAAAGAAGCUGAGCCCAAAUCUGAGCUCCGAGAAGUCGUCACUCAAAUUCUCCUCAAUUUUGUCACGCUGCGUCAGGUAAAUAGGUCUAUUCUGCUUGAGGAAGACCGGGUUAAAGCUGAAACAGAACUUGCUAAAGCACCUGUAGAAUUGACAACGUUGCAGCUCCACAACUUGAUGUAUGAGAAACAUCACUAUGUCAAAGCAUUAAAAGCUUGCAAAGAAUUCACAACUAAAUAUCCUGGCAUUGAACUUAUACCUGAGGAAGAAUUCAUCAGAGAGGCACCAGAAGAUAUUAAACGCUCCAUAUUGUCAACUGAUAGAACACAUGAUUUGAUGCUUAAAAGGCUCAACUAUGAGCUCUUCCAGCGCAAAGAACUAUGCAAGCUUCGUGAAAAAUUGGAACAACAAAAGAAAGCUCUCCAAGAGACAAUUGCUAACAGGAAAAAGUUUUUGUCAAGUCUCCCUUCACAGCUUAAAGCUCUCAAAAAAGCAUCCUUGCCUGUUCAACAUCAGUUGGGGGUUCCGCAGACCAAGAAACUAAUGCAGCACCAAUUAGCAGAGUUGCUUCCACCUCCUCUCUAUGUCAUUUACUCCCAGUUAUUUGCUCAAAAGGAAGCUUUUGGAGAGAAUAUUGAGCUGGAUAUCACAGGAAAUGUAAAGGAUGCACAGGCUUUCGCCCGUCAGCUAGCUAACAAGGAUGCUGCUAUGUCAACAAACUUGGUGAACUCCAAGUUAGAGGAUGAUGUGCCAGAUGACAACGGUGAUGGUCAAAGGAGGAGCAAGCGGCCGAAGAAGGUGCCAAGCAAGGAAAAUCUUGACCAUUCUGGAAUAUAUCAAAGUCAUCCGCUUAAAGUUAUCCUCCACAUAAACAACGAUGAAGCUUCAGACAUGAAUCCAGCAAAACUCAUCACCUUGAAGUUUGAGUUCUUAAUAAAUUUAAACAUUGUGUGCGUGGGUGUUGAGGAUUCUGAAGAAGUUCCUGAAAAUGAUAUCUUAUGCAACUUAUUUCCUGAUGACACUGGCCUAGAGCUCCCUCAGCAGUCAGCGAAGCUCCUCAUUGGAAGUUCUCUCUCAUUUGAUGAAAGCAGAACUUCACGGCCAUACAAGUGGGUACAGCAUUUGGCAGGUAUUGAUUGUUUGCCAGAGGUGUCGCCACUGGUUUCAGUCUCUGAAGAAUCAAGUGGUGAAACUACAAAGCAUGCUUCUGCAUUAUCGAGUCUGUCAUUGUAUCGUCAGCAAAACAGGGUUCAGACAGUUGUGCAAAGGAUUCGUACACGGAAAAAGGCUCAGCUGGCAUCUGUGUGAGUCACUGCCCUGAAAUUAUUCUGGUCAUGUGGUCUUGGGAAUAAAUUGAUGUUGCGGAUGUAUUAAAGAUUUAGAUGAAGUAGACCAACCCUUCUCUUCUGCUCCUCGUUGAGUGAUUUGAAAUUUUACAACAUACAGCUAAUCUUCUUGGAUGACGGGGACCUUUCUUCUGAGAGGAGGCGUACUUCAGUCAGAACUGGAGCCACAAUUGAUUUUAGUCCUAGGUGAGUAUCGGUUUUGGUAACAGCAAUAUUGUGGUACUAGAUUACUGGAGAAAGCUUAAGUACGUCAUCACUCUGCAAAGUGUAUUUCAAAUUCAAUAUAUAUAAACUCAAUAUUCUAUGUAUACUACCUUAGAAUGGUAUUGAAAGUUAACUGAGAGAUCCCGUUUCCAAUCUCCUGCAGUAGCUCAGGCUUAUACAUGAUAUUAAUGACAUCUGAUACUAAUCUCUCA